AACUGUUUCGACUAGCAGCUGUCACGACGAACGAGCAAAACGUUUGUUUUUCUUCCGUGCCCGAUUCCACUCGAUUCUUGCGGAAAAACUUGUCGAGGCCUACAACGAAGAUGAGGCUAACUGUGUUGCGCUUUGCACGGCUCAACCCGUCCGUGAAGGAGCUCCGGCUGCAUCUCUGCCAAACUGGCGAAGAAUCAAAGGGUGUACGUGAUUUCGUGAACACUCGCUACGUGCAGCUGAAGCGUGAUAAUCCGACGCUACCGAUAUUGGUGCGGGAGUGCAGCGGCGUACAGCCAAGAGUCUGGGCCCGUUACGAACUCGGAAAAGAAAAAUCCGUUACCCUAACAAAUGCCACAGCCGAGGACGUGUCGAAGCACAUUGAAUCGUUGGGCAAGGCGCAAUAGAACUUCGCGGUGGUCCUCCGUUCCAGGAGUUUAUUUGAACAAUGUUAGGAAAUUGAAUGUAACUAAACCAACAACACACAACCACACAGCACAUGGAGUGGCAAUAAAUCACUUCCAACUGUAAACCAGCUGUAA